AUGAAGUUCGAGAUCACAUCUUCCCGCGCCGCCGCGCUCGUCGCUCUCAUUGCGAGUGCUGAAGCUGCCAAACAUGGUCAUAGCCACAGCCAUCACCACUCUCGUGAUGUUACCCUGGAAAAGAAGAGCGGAAAGUGCCAGUUCCCCACCGAUGCCGGCCUGGUUGCUGUCAGCCCGAACGAGCAGAAUGCCGGUUGGGCUAUGAGCCCUGACCAGCCCUGCAAGCCUGGUAACUACUGCCCCUAUGCCUGCCCUCCUGGUCAGGUUUCAAUGCAGUGGGAUCCUAAGGCUACCUCUUACUCCUACCCCCUGUCGAUGAACGGUGGUCUGUACUGUGACGAGAACGGAGAGAUCCAGAAGCCCUUCCCCGAGCGUGAUUACUGUGAGGAUGCUAAGGGCCCUGUGAAGGCUCAUAACAAGGCUGGCAAGCCCGUGUCUUUCUGUCAGACCGUGCUGCCCGGAAACGAGGCUAUGCUUAUCCCGACCCUGGUUGACGAGCUCGAAGAUCUGGCUGUGCCCGGCAUGUCCUACUGGUGCUCUACUGCUGCCCAUUACUACAUCAACGCCCCUGGUGUCACUGCCGAGGAGGGAUGUAUCUGGGGUACCUCUGAGAACCCCGUCGGUAACUGGUCCCCGUACACCGCUGGUGCCAACACCGAUGCCACAGGCAAUACCUACUUGAAGAUCGGCUGGAACCCAAUCUACCUGGAGCCUACUACGCCCUUCCGCAACGUCAAGCCUGACUUUGGAAUCGAGAUUGAAUGCGAGGGUGGUGGUUGCAAUGGCCUGCCCUGCAAGAUCGACCCCGCUGUCAACUCCGUCAACGAGAUGAUCGGUUCUCCCUUCACUGGCGCUGGCGGUGCUACCGGCUGCGUUGUCACCGUCCCCAAGGGCGAGACCGCCCACAUUGUCGUCUUCGAGAAGGAGGGUAGCGGCAGCACUGAGUCCGAGACCAUCUCGGUUUCCACCAGCACCGCUACUCCCACUAGCACCAGCACUUCUACUCCUACCCCCACCCCGACUACCACCAGCACUUCGACCGUGACUCCUACCAGCACUCCUACUCCCACCUCCACCCCUACUCCCACUCCCUCGUCGACCGAAACCCCAACCUCCACCCCCACCCCUAGCUCCACUUCGACUGUCAGUGCUAGCUCCACAAUGACCCCCAUGUCCAGCGCUGCCUCCAGCACUGCCCUGCCCAAGUCGAGCCCCUCUCUGAGCUACACCUACCAGCCUCACGUUCUCACUGGUUCUGCCGACAUCUCCAUGGCCUCCUCUACUACCGGUGCUGCUGCCGCAUCCUCGUCCACCGGUACCAGCGGUGCCUCCAGCGCUGCCGUCUCCAUUCUGACCCUGGCCUUUGGCGCUAUCGCUGCCAUGGCCGUGAACUUCUAA